UGCCGGUGAACACAAGGCGACAGGAGAACAAAGGGACAACAAACAAAUGUUCUGAAACAGUUAGAUUCCAAAUGGAAAAAGGAACAAAAAUGGCAAAAGGCAUCCAUGAUCACUGUGACAAGUGUUACAGUGUCAGCUGUCAAGCCCCGGUGAAUCUUUCCAUCUCAUGUGUGGUCAUUAAGUGUCACAAAAACUGUGGCGCCACCUUUCAUAUGUGUAAGCAAGAAGAGCACCAGCUUCUCUGUCCAAACGAGAUGGUGCCUUGCUUCAAUGUUGAGUUUGGCUGUCUGCUCAAAAUGCCUCGCCACAAGUCAGCCAAACACCUGGAGGUCUGCCCAGCUAGUGUUGUCUGCUGCUCUCAGGAGUGGAACCGCUUUCCUGUUCCUGAAACAGACAUGACCUUUUACAGAAACGUUUCUGAAAGUCUUCAACCAAACACUGAGGCAAACCUUGAUGUUGCUCUGGCACUCCGGGAUCAAGCCCUGCUGUUUCAGUCCAUUAAAAUGAAAAGCAUUUUUCCUGAGAUGAUGGAGGAAGAGCCUGCCUCUCCAAAUAUUUCCAAUGGCGUUAGCAAUUCUGUUGAGGACCCCUCCUGCUCCUUAGAUUAUGGUGAAUUUACAGAAAAUCGCAGAACAGAGAUGGAGGGAAGAGAAUUGAGUCAAGAAGAGACGGAUGCCUUGGCAAAAAAUGGAAAUGUGGCAAGUCCCCAAAAUUACAAUACAUGGGAGAAAAUAUUUAAGAAGGAUAAAGAAGGGUGCAACCAAGCUGUUAAGUGCUUAAAUAAUGGAGGAAAAAAGGAAGAAAGAGAAGAGCAAAAAUCUUUAAACUGUGAAGUAGAAAAGGUGGGAAACAAAAACUCACAUCAACCUGAGAUUAAUGAGUCCAGAAAUAUGAACGGUGCAACUGGCCUUGCACCUUGGCAGGACGGUGUCCUUGAAAGGUUGGGCAAAGAAGUCAAUGUUGCAGAAUAUAACAUGUACCUGGUGCACAACGGGGCAAUGCUAAUUAACUUUGGUCAACUUGUUGCAUGCACUCCAAGAGAAAAGGACUUUGUUUACGGUAAUCUGGAGCCAAUCGAAGUUCAGACUGUCCGCUCAUUUAAUGUUCCUACCAGCUACCGAGCAAAGCGCAGUCAUCUGAAGGACCCAUCACACAAGGCCAAAACUGCACACCAGAGUGUGGAUACUUUAGAUUUGGACGUGUCAGUUGAAAAUCUUCCCAUGUCUGAAGAGGUUAGUGCAACACUUCUCUGUUCCCUCGAAAAAGAACUGAAGGGACAUUUAAUUUCAGAGAGCAUUGCGACAGAUGGUCUUUAUGUAGAUAUAGGAACACAAACGUACAACUUUUCUUCUGCCCCCUUUAAAGCAGAUGCAACUCUAGCCGCUGUCAUUGCAGGAAGACCUCGUGGCCUUUAUGUUGAUGUUGAAACUGAACCUGUCACCAGAAGACACAACAAAAUCAGCUCAUCUUUCAGCUACAUGUGUGGCUGCUCCUUCCGCCGCGAUGAAUUCCAGUCUCAUUUCAGGAAUGUUCACUGUGACAUACAGGCCUCCGUAAGUGGCUGGUUUCAACAGCGCUGCCCCUUGGCAUAUCUCGGCUGUACUUUUUCCCAGAUAAGGUUUUGCCCUUCAGGUCAAGAAGCUACAAUCAAAUACCGCCAAGAUGUCAGCACCAUUGUACUCCAGCCACGCUUCCCUUCAUCCUUCACAGACGCUGAGAAAAGUCUGAGUCCUCAAGGAAGCGCUGGUCAAGAUUUCAGUGGCCUCAGCAGUCUACCUCUUGAGAUCCUUCAACAUGUUGCUGGCUACCUUGACAGUUUUUCUCUGUCUCAGCUAUCACAAGUUUCCCGUCUGAUGAGAGAAGUUUGUGCCACACUGUUGCAGGACAGAGGAAUGGUGUUUUUGGAGUGGAAGAAAAAGACGUAUUCUCAUGGUGGAAGUUCAUGGAAAAGUCGGAAAAAAAUCUGGAGGUUCAGCUCUCUGUUUUCUCCGGUGGACCGCUGGAGCUUCAGCAAUGCUCCUUCCAUGUCGGAGCACCUGAAAAGCUGCUCCUUCUAUCAGAGAGAGGAGCGCAGGGAGCCGGCGGCUCUGGCCUGCCUGCAAGAGGUCAGAGAAAAACACCAAGAACUGAAGCACAAAAGAUAAUCCUUACAUCUUGGAACGCAGUGGGUGGACCACAGCAGGAGCAAUGCCAUGUUAGGAAUCACUGGAGGAAUUGGCUGAUGCAUGUGUUCUGCACAGCUGCUGUGUAAAAGCUGAAAAAUCUUCAUUAGGCAUUUUGAAUCAUCUCACUUAAGAGUAAAAUUAAUUAAAUAAUUGUUUUGGUUUUGGCUGAAAGCCAAAUUUACCCUAGUUGCUUGUGAAGCGAAAGGGAAAUGAUGCUGCAGUUUCAAUAUGGCAAGACUGACAUCCAGUGGAGCAGAGCAGAAGUGCCUGUGCAGAGCAUGGCAUCACGUUACAGAGUAUAAAAAGAAUUUAGAUAUGUUGCCUUAUAUAUUAGUUUAGAUUAGAAAAAAAAAUGUAUCUUCCACAGUUGGUAGCACUGUUGCCUUGCAGCAAGAAGGUCCUGGGUUCGAUUCCCGGAUCCGGGUCUUUUCUUCAUGUAGUUUGCAUGUUCUCCCUGUCCAUGCAUGGGUUUUCUCCGGGUACUACGGCUUCCUUCCACAGUCUGAAAGCAUGACUGUCAGGUUAAUUGGUCUGUAUAAAUUCUCCUUAGGUGUGAGUGUGUGUGUGCAUGGUUGUUUGU